GCAAUGGAGGAGUCCCCAGACGUGUGCACGACGACACACGGAGUCUAUUGUGGGCGCCAACGGUCACUUUUUGAAUUGCAGGCGGCAUCGUUUGUCGUCUUCGCUGGCGGUCGACGGCAUAUGAAGGCCCAGCAGUCUUGUCCGCGGGCUGGUGAGGAGAAAGUUCAGCACGACGUCAUGUGCAAGGUCGCCUGCCGACGUCGAAUUCAUGGCAGACAUGCAGAGGAGAUUAACUUUGCUGCUUCUCGUUGUCAUCGUCUUCCUGUUUGUCGUCUUCCUCCACGUGUGCUUGUCGUGCCGGCCGUGGAAGCAACGUCGCAAGCGCAGGGCGUCAACGAAAGGCGGUGUGCAGGUACGCGCUGUUCCGCCCAUGGCGGGCAUGCAGGUAUGUGCUGUUCCACCUGCGGCUGAGGGCGGAAGAAGACCUCCGACGACGGAGCCUUCAAGGCGGUACGACUUCUCCAUGUACAUCCAUCUGCCGUCAUGGGAGACGCCGCUGCCUCCCUCGGAUGAGGAGCCGGAGGGGGAUGAACUUCCAACGUUUCCUCUCGGCAGCGGGUCGACGCAGCUGCUGUCGCAGACGGUGCUCGCAGGCGGGUCGGCAAGCAACGGACGCGGCGAGUACACGACACUCCUGCAGCAAGGAUUGGGAGACGACGACGACGGCGGAGUUGAUCUCCGGUUUGGGUUGUCUUCUGGCGGGGGUAGGGAGGCGAGCCGCACGUUCAUCAUCGGCGUCGAUCCUUCACCACGUGGCGUUCAACAAUCUAGAAGUCGGCAUACAGAGCAGUCCACACUUCGUGGCGGUGCAUCCGUUUGUGGCGGUGUCAGGCCAUCGUCAGAAGGCCGACAACAUGGAUCGAGUGCACCGUCCACCGAUCGAUUGACAAGCACCUGCCCCGAACGCAAUGGAGUCGCAGUAGGGUCCCUGCGCAUCGACGGUACACUUCAUUCGAUGCCCAAAAGCACAACGCCGACCCAACCCGACCUCAGGGCCGACGGCACGUGCAGACCAGCGGUGCGUCGAACACCCAGUGUGGAGAACAUCACACGAGGAGUGUCGAACAUGCGGGCACACAACGAUGGUGGCGACGACGAUGGUGGUGGUGGUGACGAUGCAGACGGGCGAUUCGGGGAAGACGUGGAGGUAGGGGACGACGACAACGACAUUCCUAUUCGGCCUUUGGGGAAGACGGGCGGGAGGGGGAGAGGACGCAACAGCGGUGCUGUUCGUGGUCGAUCCGUUGGCCGUGGGGGCAGAGGUGGCGUCAACGAUGAUGGCGGGAAGUCUGCGACGUACUGGUCCCCGGAAGAGCAAAUCCAACUGGUGAGAUGCAAGCGGGAGCAAGAGAUGCACCUCACCGGUCUCGGUCACAAUUACGGGCGGAUGCGGACCAAGGAGUGGAAGUGGGAAGAUAUUGCCAAGCGCAUGACGAAUGCGGGGAGGCCGAAAGACGUGGACGACUGCAUGAAGAAGUGGGACAAUAUCUUCCAAAACUACAAGAAGAUAUAGAGGUUUCAGAAUGCGAGUGGCCGACCAGAUUUUUUCCGGCUAUCGAAUGAAGAAAGGAAGGAGCA